GAGAAGAAAAAGAAAAAUGGUUUCUCUGCGUUUCCCUUUCUCGUUUUCUCAGCCCCCAAAAAACAACCCUAAAAAGCCCCAUGAUUCUUUCUCUCGAGCAGCCAUGGCUGCUGGUUCAAUUGCAGCAGUGACAUUAGGUUUUGGAAUUGCAGCGGGUGCAGCCAUUUCACUUGAUAAGAAAAAAAAUCCAUUUGAUGAUUUCAUCUCUCGCUUGUCUUCUUCUAAUCCUUCUCCAUUGUGGGGUUCUCUUUCAUUAACUUCUGCUGAGACUAUAACUGAUUCCAAAACUGGGUUUCCAUUUCCCGCCAUUUUGAAUGAUGAUAGACGACUCCUUGGAAUUGGGUUACGAAGAAAAGUUCUCUUUGGGUUGAAGAAUAUUGAUGUCUACGCUUUUGGUGUUUAUGCCGAUGAUGGUGAGAUAAAGAAAUUGUUAACUGACAAGUAUAGCGAGUUUUCAGCUUCUGAACUCAAAGAAAGUAAACUUAAUGAGGAUAUCAUGGAAAAGGAUAUAUAUAUGACUGUUAGGCUUCAGAUAGCUUAUGGAAGAUUAAGUAUUCGUUCUGUACGGAAUGCUUUUGAAGACUCUGUUGGAAACAGACUCAAGAAAUUUGGUGGUGCAGAUAAUGCAGAAUUGCUUCAGAGCUUCACAUCCCAGUUUAAAGAUGAGUAUAAGUUACCGCGAGGAUCAGUAAUUGAUCUUUCAAGAGAACCAGGCCAUGUACUCCGUACAACAAUUGAUGGGAAAGAGGUUGGGAGCAUCCAGAGCAAGCUCUUGUGUCGAUCGAUUUUUGAUCUGUAUAUUGGUGAAGACCCAUUUGAUACACAAGCCAAAGAAGAUAUUAAGCAAAACCUGGCAGCUCUUCUUAAAGAGUAAUGUUGUAGUCGGUGGUGGAUAAGUGAGAGUCGUAUGUUUUACUUGUCAUGACAAUACAUUCUCCUCCUAGUUGUAUUUCCUUUACAUGUUGAAGUUUCCGAUAAAAAGUGUAAUGUCAGGAAGCCCCAUGCUAUCUGAUCAAUUCAUCAGUCCGCAGGUCACUCCUUCAUGUUUUCCCUUUAACUGAUGGAAAGUUUCUGAGCAUUUAAAUUUUAAGUUUUUCUUUCAUACAGCAUUAAGGUUUUCUAUUCUGCUACAAAUUUGAUAUCUCCUUUUCAUUAAUAUCAAGCUCUGAAUGAGAAAUU